AUGUCCAUCAGUGAAAAUGAGGCAGAGGCCAGGCCAACUGUUGGAGAGAAUGUAGCAGAUGAUGGGACUAGUCAUAGUGCUCCAGGAGAGGUGUCAUCAGAUGGUGCUGACACAUCAGAAUUUGACACUAGAAGUGAGACUGAAGAUGAGGAACAAUUGAAAAUUGCAAACGAGGGUAGUACAGUGAAGAUUAAAACUCAGAUUGUGAAGGGUGAGACAGUGUUUCAAAGGAUAUAUGUGUGCUUGGUUGCCUAUAAGAAGGGAUUUUUAGAAGGUUGCAGACCUGUUAUUGGUGUUGAUGGCUGCCAUUUGAAAGGGCCUUAUCCUGGACAGAUCUUGACGACUGUUGGGGUGGAUGGGAACAACGGUUAUUUCCCAGUAGCUUAUGCAGUGGUUGAUAUUGAGAGUAAAGACUCUUGGAUUUGGUUUUUCAAUCUUCUUAUUGAAGAUUUAGGGAUUACAAAUGAAAAAGCUUGGGUAGUGAUUAGUGACAAACAAAAGGGACUUGUACCUGCCAUUGAGAGAGUACUUCCAACUGCAGAGCACAUGAUGUGUGUGAGACACCUGUACAGUAACUUUAGGGCAUCAUAUAUUGGUCUUGCUCUGAAACAUAUAUUAUGGGCUGCAGCAAGAGCUACAACUGUGCCUUGGUGGGAGGCAGAAAUAGAGAAGAUGAAAAAUGAGGAUGAGGAAGCAUGGAAGUGGUUGAAGAAGAGACCUGCAAAAAAUUGGAGCAGAUCUCACUUCGAAUCACAUUUUAAAUGUGAUCUUUUGUUGAAUAAUCUAUGUGAAAGUUUCAAUGCAGCCAUACUAGAUGCAAGGGAUAAGACAAUUUUGAGUUGCUUGGUGAGGAUUGUAUGUGAUGCUUAG